AUGAAUAACUUCAUUGAUGGUCCAUGGUGCAUGGGAGGUGAAUUCAAUGUGAUUAUGGAUCCGGAUGAGAAGUUGGGUGGCAGGCCUCACAGAACUCAUAAGAGCAUGUAUUUUAUUACUUGUAUGGAAGACAGUGAUCUCAGUGCCAUUGGCUUCAGUGGUCCAAGAUACACAUGGUGCAACAAUUUCCCCCAUAGUAAGAGAGUAUGGAAAAGGUUAGACAGAAUCCUUAUAAAUGAUGAAUGGACACAGUUGUUUCCUCAUAACUCAGUAAGGCACCUCUCCAGAUCUGGGUCUGAUCAUAGACCUGUAUUGCUCAAAUGCUAUAAUGAUCAAGGAAGUAGCAUAGAGACCAACAUUGGUGAUGCUUUUGAACAUGUUCAAACUUGGGAAGCUAAGAUUCAAACUCUAGAGAGCUUAGAUAUGGAACAAAAUGAUGAACAAGAUGGAGAUAAAAACACCAAGUACUUUCACAGUGUCCUUAAAAACAGAAGUAGGAGGCUUCAAAUUUAUAGAAUUAAAAUUCAGAAGGGCAAAUGGAUCCAAAAGGAAAACAACAUCAACAAGGCUAUAGUCAAGUAUUUCAAGAGGCAAUUCAACCUGAACCAUCCUGAAGUUGACAACAAUAUGUUGAACCAAAUCCCAAUGAUCAUCACCGAUGCUGAAAAUGACACACUUACAAAGGUUCCACAAGAGGAUGAAAUCAAACAAGGUGUUUUCAAUAUGAAUAUUGACAUUUCUAUAGGCCCAGAUGGAUUUAAUGAUAUGUUCUUCAAAUUUUGCUAG